AUGUGGUCGACCGCGCGAGACAUCGCGGCGGGCGAUGUGGUAAUCGCCUACAUGACGAGGGACCUUGUCCAACCUCUUGUCAUUGAGCCAGGGAAGGAACUCAACAUGAAGUACGGCUACUAUCGCCAUGCAGAUCUCAUUGGCGUCCCCUAUGGUUCCAAGAUUCGUUCUCGCAAUGGCAAGGGCUUUAUCCACCUUUUGCGACCCACCCCGGAGCUCUGGACCCUCGCACUUCCUCAUCGAACCCAGAUCCUCUACUUGGCCGACAUUGCCUUCGUCGUUUCCUGGCUUGACCUCCGCCCGGGCAGCAAGGUCAUCGAAGCAGGCACCGGGUCCGGCUCAUUCUCGCACUCUGUCGCGCGCACAGUCGGCCCAUCUGGCCACCUGUGGUCAUAUGAGUUCCACGAGGCGCGCGCAACCAAAGCCAGGGAAGAGUUUACUCGGCAUGGCAUGCACGACCUCGUCACCCUCACCCACCGCAACGUCUGCAAGGAGGGCUUCACUGUCGAGGACACCGUCGACGCAGUCUUCCUUGACCUGCCCGCGCCAUGGGACGCGGUCGACCACGCCAAAAAGGCGCUCCGCAAGGACCGCACGACGCGGAUAUGUUGCUUCAGCCCGUGCAUGGAGCAGGUCCUCCGCACCGUCUCCGCGCUCAACGACGCCGGCUUCACAGAGAUCACGAUGUACGAGAGCCUCCUCCGCCCGCACCACGUCGACGCCGUGCCGGCGCUGCCGCACGUCGGCGCGGCGAGCGCGCGCCUGAAGGCGGCGGAGGCGCGCCGCGAGGAGAAGCGCCUCCGGCAGAUCGCGAGCGCGCGGGCGGGCGCGGACCGGCGCGCAGAGAAGCGCAAGGCAGGCGGCGACGGCGACGAGCAGGACGACGACGGGGCAGACGGAGCAAGCGCGGUCUGUCGACCGAGGCCGAGGCCAUACGGCGGGGGCGACGGAGGCGGGGUGGAGGAGGAGGAGGAGGAGCCGAAAAUUUCCGUCUCGAAGACGUUCCCGGAGGUGAGGGGGCACACAUCGUACCUGACGUUUGCGGUACUUUUGCCUGUGAACGUACGAGCGGCGCAAGCGGGGGUCGGUCACCAACAUGGUGCGACGGCGGUCAGCGAGCAGACUAGCGUCGAGCCCACGCCGCCUCCUUCCAGCUCUGGCACGGAGGUGAGUCCCCAGUGUGCCGUUGACCGGCCAGGGAUCAAUUGA